UCUGUUCCACUUUAUGUCUGAGACUAGGGAAUAUAAAUUUCCCCACUUCAGUGCCAGAGCUCGUCCGCAUUAAGGAAGGAUUUCAUAAAAUUGCAAAUUUUCCCAAUGUGGUUGGAGCCAUCGAUGGAACCCUGAUUCCCAUUCAAGGGAUGGCAGGUGAUGAGGAGCCCACAUUCAUCUGUAGGAAGGGAUUCCAUGCCAUCAACGUGCAGGCCGUUGUGGAUGCAAAUCUCAGCUUUACAAACAUAGUGGUGAGAUGGCCUGGAUCCACAAAUGACUCCUUCAUCCUAACAAAUUCCUCUCUCCCAAACAUUAUGGAAGGAACAGAUGGAUGGCUGUUGGGGGAUUCUGGGUACCCUUUGAAGAAGUGGCUUCUGACACCUUUUGCUCAGCCAUCAAAUCAGCAGGAGCAGAGGUCUUAUUAUUAUUUAUUAUUAUUAUACAACCGUGCCCACUGUUCCACUAGAAAUACAGUAGAGAGAGCUUUUGGUGUACUCAAGAGCAGGUUUAGAUGUAUGCACAAGACUGGUGGGACUUUACAAUUUGGUUCGGAGAAAUGCAUCAAAAUCAUUGAAUGCUGCUUUCGGCUCCACAACAAGGCUAUCCUCGACAAAAUACCCCUGCAAGCCACAAAUGAGGCAGCUGUGCCAGUGUUUCACCACCAUGCAGCAUAUCAAGGAAAUGACAAUGAUGGUCUCACUUUGAGACAGAGGAUAACACAGAGAUUUUAAUCUUGCAAGUUCUUAAUGUUGUAUUUGGAUUAAUUUUCCAAAAGUAAAUUUCUAUAAGUAUCAUAAACCAACAUAUUUGUUCUCUUUGUAUAGUUUUUACAUUCGAUUCAAAGUUUCAUGUGCAUCUUCAGUGUAUAUAAUUUACUCCUUUUUUGCAUUGUUUUAAAGUAACACAAAAUUGAGUUGAAGGAACGAGAACAGCAAACUUUAUUAUUUUACUGAUAUCAAUAAUACCAUUAUGUUGAAAGUGAUAUGUUUCCAGAACCUUCUCUCUCUCUCUCUCUCUCUCUCUCUCUCUCUCUCUCUCUCCUCUUUCUUCUUUCUCUCUCUGUCUCUCUCUCUCUUUCUUCUCUCUCUCUCUCUCUCUCUCUCUCUCUCUCUCUCUCUCUCUACAUGUUCGAUUAAUAUUUCAGGUUUUCACAUGAUUCAAUGAUUAUAGUACAAUGUACAUGUAUUAAUGCUUUUUUUUAAAAAGAGAGUACAUCUAAAAACAACUCUGCUGUUUCCAUGUUAUAUAUAUAUAUAUAUAUAUAAAGAAGUCAUAUUACAAUUCCUGUGUAAUGCUAUAGAAAUGCAUGUACAAUUUGUAGUUUAGAAUGUGUAUAAUUUUAGUGCUUUGCAUCAUAAUUAUCAUGUCACAAAUCUUUCUUAUAUUCUUCACAAAUAGACAUAAAUAUAUGGGACAUCAUAAGAAGUGUUUUAAUCAUUUUGUGAAGACACCACUAUACAUCUUUGAAGGACAACAAACACACAAGUGUUGACAAAAAUAAAA